AUGGCGGUGAAAACAGCAACCGCGACUGUAGUCCAGAAAACCAUAGAUCGGAAACUCAUCGGAGAAAUCCGAACGCACCCGAGAAGCGCGCCUUUGUCCAAUAUAAAAAUCCAACAGAAAAAUCUAGGGAUUUUCAGGAAGCGACGUCCUAUUGGACGUCAUCGAACGUCCCAAGAGUCUCGAUCGAUCGCCUGUACCGGCCUUCAGUUACCGAGAAACGCGUCGGAGCGUCGUGAGCGCGGGUUCGAAUUUGCUCCACGCACGCAGUUUUUGCGAUCGUCGCGACCGCGAGGCGGCUCCCGCCUGACGCGCGUCGUCGGAAGGUGGUUCCUCUUCGCGAGCUGCGCGUCGCUCGACGUAAACGUCGCCGACCACGUUGACGAUCCGCCGUCGCCGUCGUCCUGUGUGGAUCUUCUCGAGCGUCUUCGCGCCGCGUCCCACAGCAGCCUUUUGACCGGCGCCGCCGUCCUCUCGUCGGGCAGCCGCACCGCAACCGGCGUCCUCAUCAUGACCAGCGAUGAUGACAGCUCGUGAACAACACCACGCACCGAUAGGAGUAUAGGACACCGUGGCCGAACCGCGAACGGAACCGUGCUGCCAGCACUGCUCGUGCUGUGGUACUGCCGGGCCGCCGUCGCGCCGCCGGGCGCCGCCGCGUUUCGAGUUUCGACCAAUCAGUUGGCGUCGAUGUCGCGCGAAGUGCGCCACGAGGUGGCGAGCUCCGACGUCCGUGACGUCGCGGUCAGCUGAUCGCGCGAAGUUGCCCGCAGAGCGACGGUGUGUCAGUGCGCCUAUUGUUGUCGCGCCUCUCUGUGGCGUUUCUCGUUCUAUUUUGGUCUUCUCUCCAGU